GAUUCCCUUAGUCUCAGGAUAGGUAUCUCCACCUAAAUUCCGCGUCCAUUGUUUAUUGUGGAAUGGAGAGGGAGGGCUUUGUUGAUGCAUUCGGAUUUAUCGCUUUUAAGAGACAGAUACUCCAUAUACGUAAGAGGAUGUUGAGUUUUGUUUGAAAUCUGUAUUUAUAUACCACUCUAUUUGCACUUUGGUUUGAUACUCAUUCACCCAGCUCCUAUCUCUUCCAUUCAUUCGUCUAUCAUACCUUAUCAAAUAAAAUACUCGAGUAGCAAACAUGCCUGGAAAAUACCAGAAGCUCGCUUCCAAACACGUUCUCGUCAUAGGUGGUUCCUCCGGGAUCGGAUACUGUGUAGCAGAAGCCUCACUCGAAAGUGGUGCAUCCGUUACAAUAUCCUCGUCCUCUCGGGAUCGCGUCGCCAAAGCAGUUGAGAAACUCAAGAAUAGUUAUCCGGAUGGAAAAGUCGCCGGAUAUCCAUGCGAUCUCUCCAAGCCCACGCUCGAAGCCGAUGUUGAGAAAUUGUUUGAACAGACGGGGAAAGUAGAUCAUAUAGUUUUCACAGCCGGUGAUGCAUUAUCUCUUGUCCCGCUAGAGGAAGCUUCGCUAGAGACUAUGCAGAAGGCGGGACAAGUGCGAUUUUUUGGACAAUUGAUGGUCGCGAAAGUUGGGAGUAGGUACCUUAGUGAGGGACCACAGGCUUCGAUUACGUUGACGACGGGGUCGACGGCCGAUAAACCGAUGAAGGGGUGGAGUGUUGUUACCAGUUUUGCGGCGGGGUUGCAUGGGAUGGCGAGGGGUCUGGCGGUUGAUUUGGCGCCUGUGAGAGUUAAUGUUGUGAGUCCUGGUCCGGUGAAGACGGAACUAUGGAAUGGGAUGGGACAGGAGGAGAGAGAGAAGCUGUUCAAGGCGGUGGAGGGUAAUGUGUUGACGAAGCAUGUUGCAUUGCCAGAAGAGGUUGCGGAGUCAUAUUUGUGGUUGAUGAAGGAUAGUAAUGUGACGGGAACAGUUGUGAGAAGUGAUUCCGGUUCGUUGCUUGCGUAGCUGCAGACAAUGAUGCUCCGGCAAUAGGG